AUGUCUCCGCGCGGUCAGGUGCGCUCCUGACUGUUGAGGGGUCAUCCUCAUUGACCAAUCAGUGGCAGUCUGAUGGGAGGUCAGUGGACAAUUAUAUGUUUUACCUAUUUCUGAGAGAAUCGUUAUAUAAGAAGAUAGAAAAAAGAGAAAAGAAGAAGAAGCCCAACAACUCGGGACAACACACGCGCGCACCAACACAUCAGAGACUGUUGUCGGACUGAUCGCGCGAGCCUUCGCGUUCCCUGAGAGUCCGUGACGGUGGGAGGGGGGUGGAGGCGGGUUCUUGCGAGGAGUCACGUUGCGCAGAGUAGAGAUCCUCAUCCUCAUCAUACGUCUGAGCGGCGGGAGGGAGGCGAGCAAGUGGACACGUUCGGGUUCGGUCGGGGCGCCAGUCCAGUUCUGCAAACGUCCAGAGAUUUUUUUAUCCCACGCAAUUUCUCGUCAAUCGUCACAAAAUAAUUUUCACAAUUAUUUUGUGAGUGUGUGUGUUCUACUAUUAUACUGGGAUCGUUUUAAAACCUGUAGCUUUUAUUUUUUUUUAUUUUUUUUUUUGCAUCUCUGGAUAGCGUUCUCCGACAUCGCUUCAUCCCUCCUCCCGCACAGCACAUGGUGGUGGAAUGAAGAAGAAGCUGAUCAGAGCUGCAUCAUCAUCAUCAUCAUCAUGAGUGCGUGGAUGCUCGAGGCAGAUCCAGCUGUGGGCCAGCGGUGGACGCGCUGCGCCAGAGCGCGCUGGACGGUGCUGAUCCUCUAAGGGCAAAGCAGCAUCAGCAGCAUCAGCAUCAGCAGAGUCAGUCGUCCGACAUGAGCGGCGGAACGCUCCCUGAUGGAUGUAACGUUACGUCUCACCUCCACACCAGCAGCACACGAGUUCACAUCCACAUCCAUUUCUGACGGAACUAUACAGCUACAGCAUGACUUUUUCCCUCCUGUUGUGCUCUCUUACCGCUGGAUAAGAAGCCGAAAAGAGGACGACGUGUGAGUGCAUCUGAGCUGUUUUGGCAAAGGGAACCUCGGGGAUGAAUGUGGUGGGAUGAUUUUGUGUUUUUUUUUUUUUUCUACGGGAUGCUCGGAUCUUGCUUCGUCUGAUUCCCUUCGGUUACUUGGAAUUUGCACGGAAAGCUUUCAUUAAGUGAUUGAUUUGUUCAAGGGAACAAAAAAAAACACAUGCAUAUUUUUCCUUUCCAUCAUCAUCAUCGACGUUCUUGAAGCGCACACGAACCCGACCAGGCAUUCCUAAGGACAUCACGAUGACAUUUAAAUCUGAAAAUCUGGAAAUCUAAGCGUGUUGAGAUGAUCCGCACUGGGCUGUGAGUAGAAACCUAAUCAGAUCCUGCGCGUAUAUAGGGGGCGAAGAGGAAAGAAAGCAAGAAAAAAAAGAAAGAGAAAGAAAGAAGGGGGAAGGGAGAAAAAGAAAAGAAAGUAAGUUGAGUUGCAACCUAUAAACCCUGAGGAAGGAAUAAGAAAACCCAAAAACCCCCAGUGCUACUGUGCUAUCCGCUUUUUGGUGGUUCCAGUGAAUAUAUACAAAAAAAUAUAAAUAUAUAUAUGCCCCAUGGAGAUACGGCAGUGAGAAAGAAGGAAGCAUAUGCUAAAGGAGAUUGAGGAGACUGCCUACUGUGUUUGAAAAAAAAAAAAUAUAUAUAUAUAUACAUAUCAUAUAUAUAUAUAAAAAUAUAAUCUAUAGUCUAUAAUCGAUUUAGGCUCAAGCAAGAAUGGGACACCAAAGCAGAGGGGGGAGCGCAUUCAUUUGACUCCAUGCCAUGCAGGAAAAGAAUGUGCUUCGGAUGGUAAAUAUGGCCAGAGUGAUGUCCGUGUCCGUUUGACACGACAGGAGACCGCACCGCAGCGUCGGCGUCUACCUACAUCUAUCUGGGGGUAUCUCUAUUUGGGUUUAUGGAGAGAGUAAUAUUUGAGAGUUUGAGAUUGAACACAAUGAUGGAUACAAGCAACUAAACGAGCCGAGCCGAUUCGAGCUGUGCCUGAGCCGGGCUGGAGGAUCUAUGUAGCUUUUGCUGGCCAUCGCCAGACUCAAGGCAGGAGCAAGACCAGAAGAAAUUUGUUAACGACGUACGUACACGUCGAGGGGGAACUGUGCGCGAAGAAGUUCGUGCAGAAGAGCGUGCAGAAUUGCGCAAGGUUCGCCGGUUCGCGGAUGGAGUUGCGCUGCGGUAGGCGGCGUGGAGGUGCGCGGCGCUCUCGGGCUUUCGCUCCGGUUUGAACUAUACUGCGCCGAUUAUUCAAGCUUCUGGAAAGGACGAUAAAGAGAGUCACUGAGUGAAACUAAGUGUGAAGAUGUCCAGAAACUGCUGGCACUGUGGAUGAUUUGGCAGCUUGCUCAACACAACGCACCCCAAAGAGUGGACAGCAAGCCUACGAAUUAUGAAUGUUGAACAAGAUGACCUUCUCCCAGCAGCAGCAGACGAUGAGAGGUCCUAGGUGGAACCGGGCCUUGUCUGACCCGUUGUUCGUGCUGUUGCUGGCCUUGCAGCUUCUGGUGGUUGCUGGCUUGGUGAGAGCUCAGACCUGCCCGUCCGUCUGCUCGUGCAGUAACCAGUUCAGCAAGGUCAUCUGCACGCGUCGCGGCCUGCGAGAUGUGCCAGACGGCAUCUCCACCAACACCCGGUACCUGAACCUGCAGGAAAACCUAAUCCAGGUGAUCAAGGUGGACAGCUUCAAGCACUUACGGCACCUGGAGAUCCUGCAGCUCAGCAAGAACCAUAUCCGUAGCAUCGAGAUUGGAGCCUUUAACGGGCUGGCCAGUCUAAACACGCUGGAACUAUUCGAUAACAGGUUAACCACUAUCCCAAAUGGAGCAUUUGAGUAUCUGUCGAAGUUGAAGGAACUAUGGCUAAGGAACAAUCCCAUUGAGAGCAUACCGUCCUAUGCCUUCAACCGAGUGCCCUCGCUACGAAGGCUGGACUUGGGUGAACUGAAAAGGCUCUCGUAUAUUUCGGAAGGUGCUUUCGAAGGACUGAGCAACCUGCGUUACCUGAACCUCGGUAUGUGCAACCUGAAAGAGAUCCCUAACCUAAUUCCACUGGUACGACUGGAUGAACUGGAGAUGUCGGGGAAUCAGCUCUCGGUUAUCCGGCCGGGGUCUUUCAAAGGGCUUGUCCACUUGCAGAAACUGUGGAUGAUGCACGCUCAGAUCCAGACCAUUGAAAGGAACGCCUUUGACGAUCUUCAGUCGCUGGUGGAGUUGAAUUUGGCUCACAAUAACCUUACCCUGCUCCCUCACGACCUCUUCACACCACUCCACCACUUGGAGAGGGUGCACUUGCACCACAACCCAUGGAAUUGCAACUGUGACAUCCUGUGGCUCAGUUGGUGGCUGAAAGAAAUGGUACCGGCCAACACCAGCUGCUGUGCUCGCUGCAGUACUCCUACCAGCCACAAGGGGCGCUACAUUGGCGAGCUGGAUCAAAACUAUUUCCACUGUUACGCGCCUGUUAUUGUGGAGCCUCCUGCUGAUCUGAAUGUGACAGAAGGCAUGGCAGCAGAACUGAAAUGCCGGGCGAGCUCACUGACCUCGGUCAGUUGGAUUACACCCAAUGGGUCAAUCAUGACUCACGGAGCGUACAAGGUGCGCAUUUCAGUGCUCAAUGACGGGACAUUGAACUUUACAAAUGUCACAAUGCAGGACACAGGGACGUACACGUGUAUGGUUAGCAACUCAGCAGGGAACACCACAGCCUCUGCUACGCUAAACGUGUCCUCAACAGAGAACAGCAGCUUCAGCUACUUCACCACGGUGACGGUGGAGACGAUAGAGCCAGCGCACGACGAAGGGCACACCACGGUGCAGCAGAAGGUGGGUCCUACUCCUUCCUCUGGCGUGUGGGAGACGCCUUCUACUCCUUCAUCCACCACAACCACAACGGCCCGGACGCCUAUGUCCACCAAGACCACCGACAAAUCCUACACCAUCCCCGUCACAACGCUGGGCGACGGCUCCCUCAACACUCUGGAUGAAGUAAUGAAGACCACCAAGAUCAUCAUCGGCUGCUUUGUGGCCAUCACACUGAUGGCCGCAGUCAUGCUGAUCAUCUUCUACAAAAUGCGCAAACAGCAUCACCAGCAGAACCACCACGCGCCCACGCGCACCAUCGAGAUCAUCAACGUGGACGAAGACUGCGUCACCGGCGGGCCAACCAUGGAGGGUCACCUGACCCUGCCACCCCUCGAGCAUGAGCAUCUUAACCACUACAACACCUACAAGACAGCAUACAAUCACGCCUCCACCAUCAACUCCAUACACAGCUCUGCACAUGAACCUUUGCUUAUUCGGGCCAGCUCAAAAGACAAUGUACAAGAGACCCAAAUCUGACCACUUUGUUUUUUUUUUUUUCAUAA